AUGUCGGUCGCCCAUUUCAUCGAAUUCUCGGCUUGUAUCAUCUUCAAUGUCUUUGCUAUUUUUGUCUACAUUUUCAAAUCGGUUCCGGAAAUUGGAAACUACAAAUAUUUGGUGAUAUCUUAUUCGUUGGCCCAAUGUUUGGCCAGCGUUUUUUUGAUUCUAGCGAAGCCGGUAGAUUAUUUCAAGUUAUUAACGUUGAAAAAUGAUGAGAUUUAGAUAAUGUACGCAGAGCACGCGCAAUUUUUCAUUUUUAGUGAUGGGUACUGGAGAGAUGAUCGAGUUAUCGGAUGUUUGCUCUUAGGUUUGACAUUUUUAAAAAAAUUUUUCCCAGCAUUUUAAUUUUUUUACCUACUUGAAAUAGACUAAAAGAAUUAUUCACAAAAGGUAUUUCAUUAAAGUUUCGAUUUCUAACCAUUCCAAACAUUCAAAAUUUCAUGAUGGCGCUGGCUAAUAAAAUUUAAAUCCCCACUUUUUGCUUUCCUAUAGCUGCACCCGACUUUAACCGACUCACGCUUCGCCGUCGCUUUUCAUAUUUUUCGCAUGAUUCCAUAGGAAACAAUAAAACAAAUCUAAAAAAAAUACGACUUCUAAAUUUAGGGGGCGCAAAGCCCCGCCCCUUCACGCCACCAAAAUGACGAUUUUUUUGUUGCAGAAACGGUUUUGAGGCGUUUAUACUAGCUAAAGUCCCACUUUAAAAAUGAACUGUUUCUGUUAAUCUAUGUAAUCGACAACGCUCUACAAGACUGAAUAUUUUUAAAACUAUGUAUUUUUCAAAAAUAAGCGAAAAAGUAAGAUUUAACACGAAAAAAACUGACAAGUUUCACAAAAAUCGUCGCGUUUCAGAAAAACCAAGUGAGGAACGCUUCUAAAUUUUUAAGUAUGUUAUACAUUAAAAACUUUCUUUAUUUUUUUGAGUGAAAAUGAAAAAAUCUACCGACGCGAAAAAAUAUUAAAAGCUUGUAAAGUGACACCAAAAAUUGAAGCUGAAAUGCGAAAAAAAAUUUCAGCGACAUGGUAUACUUUUUUUAUUUGGUUUAAAAACUAACAGUGUGUCCAAAAAUAAAAAUUCAAAAUGAAAAUAAUCAUUGGGACAGCGAAUCAAAUUAUAUUUGAGUUUUACCAAAACCUCCUUUUUUCGCCUGCCUCGUUGACGCAUGAGAGAAUAGGAUCGCGUCUAUACUUAUGAUUAUGUUAUUAAGCGUUCAAAACUCUAUCAAUGAAAAAAUUAUGAAAAAAAUCGAUCGACGCGAAAAAAAACAACGGCUUUGAAAACCUCGAAAAAAUGUCAAUUUUUUUUGAAAUUUUGGAAGAUUUCGUGCAAGUGUCCGUAGCAGUGUUUGCGUCAAACACACCGAUGCGCCCUUUUAAAUGUCGCAGGAGCCGUUUUUUUCGGAGUCAAAUUGCACUUUUUUUCCUGUUUUUUUCGAAAUAACAAUAUUUUUUUCAUUUUUUUCUUUUUCUCCAAAUCGAAUGAUAAUAAUUUUUUUCUGACUAGAAAAUAAGCUGAAAAAAAUCCCUUUGACUUUUUUUCUAAGUAGUUUUUUUGAUAUUUUUAUUAAAAAAAUCCUUAUGAGGAUUGUACAAAAGAUUCAUACCAAAACAUGAGGCUCAGUUCGGACAACCUCUCAGAACAGAAAACCGAUUCGAAAACGGUCCAGAAACGCGCAAAAACAUUUAAAAAGAAAGCGUGCGGCAGCGGGUAAACCGUGAGAUUUUGCCUCCAGUUGAACGCCGCGCGCGCUAGUUUUUUGGCCAUAACUUUUUUCUUAGUGGAGCUUUUUUCAAAAACUAAACGGAUUAUGAAAAUGGACAGUCUCCUCUAUCGAACAAUGUAAAGAACAUAUUUUUUGAAUCGUUCUGAAGAAAUGGCUUGCGGUCCCUAUCUAAAUUAAAUAAUAACUUUCAGCAUGUUAUUCCUCUUUCAUCGGCUCUUUCGUGGGUUUCAUCAAUUUCCACUUUUUCUACAGAUAUGUCAUCGUUUGUAGGUACAUCUUCUAGAGGCGAUUUCCAAAAAAAUCUCGAAAAAAUUCAGCAAAACCCUACACGGUUGGCUGCGCGGCUGGAGGCUCGCCUUAGUUUCCCUCUCAAUUGUAUUCACCCAAUUCCUAUGGUGGAUCAGUAGCCUCGUGUCUUUCUAUCCUACAGAUUAUCUUGAUCGACAAAAUGAGUAUGUAGUUCAUUCGAAGCGGCUUGAAAGUUUUCGAGUGUCUGCGUCUCUUUUCCCUCACCGGCGAGGCCAGAGAAACAUAAAAAUAGCACAUCAACUUGAGAGGGUCGCCGAGAGACGAGGAGGGCGCAGAGAAGUCUUUCAAAUCUCGAUAAACGGACUAUAAAAACUAAGUAAUUCUGUUUUCAGGGACCUGUACUUUCGUAUUUUUCAACGUCCGAUCGCUAAACAAGCUUAUUUUGCCUCUACACUGCUGGUUUGAAAAAACGAUUUCAAAGCAGGAGAAAUAUCUUUAGGGCUCUAAAGAUUACGAUGAAAAUCGUUUUUCAUACUUUCAAGCGCUUUUUGGAGCUACAACUGUGAUGGUGACUAUGGUAACGAAUUUAAAAAUCCUUUUUACUCAAUUUUCUCAACUUGAAAACCAAUGGUUGCUUGUUGAAAAGCGCGCCCGACUCAAAGCGACUUGCGCAGUUUGACAUAGAUUCCGACCCUUUGAGCCAUUCCCCGUGCGACCAUUUCAAAUCUUAUCAAGAAUAUCAAAAAAUUUUUAAAUUUAUGUCAGUUCCUACAUUAUAAUCAUUGUACUGGGAACGACAAUCGUCCGCAAUUUGAGGACAACUUAUAAUAUUGUCAGCAAAAAGACAAGAAGUCUUCAGCAACAGCUUUUUAUCGCAUUGGUCUUCCAGGUAAGACAUUUUUCAAUAUGACUUGCCAAAGUCUGCUCUGUCUGCGCCCUCUUUUCUCUCAUAUUCUUCAACCAGAAAAUUUCCCGAACUCCCAGUAGGACUGGGACCACCAUAUGUAAUUUUUACGCUGAUUUCAAAUCUGAGCUUUAAAAAUGUCUCAAAGAACUGUGAAAAAAGUUAUGAGCCCAUGAAAUUGAUGAGAACUCCACGAAUACUACCUCAAGUAAAAAAUUGAGAUUAUUGAUUUUGAGAGGCUCAUAAUUAUCUUUACACACUCCUGGGUCAAAUUUCAGGCUCAGAUUUGGAACAAGCGUGAAAAAUUUUUCGAAAUUAAAUUUAUUUGGAAGUCCGAAUUUGAUUUCAGAGUAGUUGCUAUCAGGAUACUUGAAAGGAAAAAGUUUCAAGACGUUUAAAAAUAAUAAAAACAAGACUUUCUUUUAAUUUUUUUCAGGCUCUACUACCGACAUUUUUCGUUAACUUUCCGAUGGCGCUGAUUUUCGGCUUCUCAUUCGUUAAUAUCGAGUUCAGUUGGGCCGUUUAUUGUGCUCCUUUUCUCUUCAAUAUCUACCCGGCUAUCGAUCCAUUACUCAACAUUCUUAUUAUCAAAGAUUAUCGCAGGGGAUCUUAUGGUUAAAAAAACCUAAAUUUUGAAAAAAUCACAAAAUUUUUCAGAAAUCCUACGGAAUAUGAAUUGCAAACGGAGGAGGAGUAAUCGCUAUUAA